CCCCACCAGAUUUUACCCCGUGUCUCGCCGGGUGCCCGACUACUAUUCCCCCUACUCGCCCCAGUACCCCGAGGACUACCAGUACUCCCCACCCGGGUCCCCGGUCCGCUCGCCCAGCGCCCGCUUCGAGCGGCUGCCGCCCCGGGGAGAGGAGAUUUACGCCGACCCUGCCACCUUCAUGAUGAGGCGAUCCAUCAGUUCUCCAAAGUAUGACUAUCUGGGUGACAGACGGCCCGUCCCUGCGGGAAUGUAUCCGUACCACUACCCGGCAUCCCCCACCGUCCAUGACAAAAUGGAUGAACUUUUAGACCUUCAGUUGCAAAGAAACCUAGAGUAUUUGGACCAGCAG